AUGUCGCCUAGAGACCCACGCCGACCUCCUUGGAAAGCAGCCAAGCCGUACUUUAAACAUGACGCCCAAGAUUUCAAAGAUGCUCAUAGACCGCACUGGACACCUAUAGAAACGAUAUGGUUUGGUGACCAGGACACUCGCAAUUAUUAUACAGCACGUAAAAACAGAAAGACUCUACCAGGUCUACCGCCAGGUCGCGAUAUAAUACCAUCACAUCCAUACAGCCCACAAGAUGUAGCUGAUGCCAAAGCAAACCGGGUACUAUCACUGCGACGCGAUGCAGCCGGGAACCAAAUACCAUCAAUGCCAGCUGCUCCCCCAUUACCUCCACCACGACCAAGGAAUCAUUAUCCCUAUGAUUUCUGGCCUCGAGAGCCUUGGGAUCCCGAUCCCAGUGAUGGAACGGAGGCCAUGAAGCUUGAAGAAAUUGGGAAUAAUCCCAACGUUUGGCUUCAAGCUCUGCCCCAUCAGUGGCCGGUCCGAGAUGAAGCAAAUAUGCGUGGAGCAAAAUGGCUUGGAAAUGGAGCCUAUGGUUGUGCGGGACUAUGGUGUCAAGUGAGCGCGACAAAUACGAUCGAACGAAGAUUUGUCAUCAAGGAAGCAAAAUUGAAGAGAGGCCACUGGCGCGAUCCAAUUCUGUGGCGGGAUCAAGUACCGCGAGAAAUACGAAUUCAUCAAGUUGUUGAUGAGCACCGUGACAACACGACUGGCGGCCAUAGAAAUCUCGCUCAACAUUAUGGGUAUCGAUUGAUGAUGCGCCAACGUAGAUACCGCAUCUACCUUAACUACUAUGAAGGCGGGGAUCUCAGUGCGGCAUUGCGCAAUCUUCCCAGUCCGGAAUUGGAAGACCGUUACACACGACCACAGAAAAGGCAACACCCUGCACCGGAAGAAUGGAAUUGGGACUUCGACUUUCUUUGUUACAGAAAGGAUGACCUUUUACCCCAAGUAUUACCUGAACGUCUGAUAUGUGAAAUUGUAGACUCACUGGCUGCUGCGUGUCAGAUCUUACACUUUGGCCAAGUUGACUCGGAGGUCGCACCUGAAGGGACGCACAGAGUCACACACUGCGAUAUCAAGCCUGAUAACAUAUUCAUACAACCUCCCGAGAAAUACGGAGAGUUCCCAACAUUCGUUCUUUCGGAUUACGGCAUAGGCUUCUUUGUUCACGAAAGGAGAGACGCGGAUGGAAUUGCACCUGGACUGCGGGCGCCUCCUGAUAAUCCCGACGAGUAUGUAUUUCAAGACAGCCAAUUCGACGGGAGAUACGCACCCGAAACUUUCGAAAAAGUCCAAAAAAUAAAUCCACGACCCCUGGGCGAAAGAACAGACGUCUGGCAGAUAGGCGCAGUCUUUUUCUGGCUGCUGACGAACGGGUUGGGGGGCUCGGUUGACGGUCCAAAAUGCGCUUAUGGGAACUGGCUGGUUUACAUCAGCGAUGCAUUUGAUAUAGGGAGAGUGGGCAAGGAUGACGGUACUGACAUUUUCUAUGAGAAAAACUGUGCGACGCUGCUGAGAUACUCGCCCGCGCUUCGCAACCUGUGCGCCAGGUGUUUGAACUGGAACCCAGAUGAUCGACCGAGUUUGGCCAAAAUAAGACAGGAGAUACGAGAGCAUCUGGAUGCGCAUCCUGAGGUUCGAGAUGAUCGGGAUAUGGGUAUCCUUGAUGUGAGAAGAGACGAUGUCUUCGCGAUUGGGGCGCCUUUCCCAGCAAAUGUGCCAUAG